CAACAACAACAACUAUUGUUGCCUUUUUCAGGUGGCGUUUUCAGUAACCCGACUCCCCCACCGUUAGACUGCAGUUUCAGAAGUGAUGGUGUUUACUGGUGGGGGUGCCGUGCCUACCAGGUGUGCGAAGGGGGUCACGAACGACUAAUCAGUUGUCCAAAAGGUGAAGCGUUUCACCAAGAGCAACAAACUUGUCUACCAGUCUUCAACGUCCCCGCACCGUGCGGUUUACAAUUAGAAUGUCCCACGGGCAAAGACGGGGCCCAUCGCUACCCAGACUCCGACAACACUGAAAUACCGUGUAACUUCUUCUAUACAUGCGUGGACGGUGAAUUCCUCGGCCAUCAGCAGUGUGGAGAGGGAACCGUGUUUGAUGAAGUGAACCAGCUGUGUAACUGGCCCGAGAACGUCUACCCUCCUUGUGGCACGAAGACAGACGAAGAUGAGCAAUACGACAAUGGAGACGGAACAGGUGACGUUGGUGGACACGACUAUGGUGGUAGCUGGUAUUAGUCGAAAUCAAUGAAUACUAUAAACAUGGACACUUAAUAUUGUUUGAGAGUUAUCUUUUUCUAUUUGUAUAUAUAUCAGCCAAUAAACAGAUUUGGAGAAAUUAA